GCUGCCUCGAGGAGCUCGACCUCAGCUUCAACCGCCUGCGCUGCCUGCCUGAGGGCCUGGGCCGUCUGCGGCACCUCCGCACCCUAGACGUCGACCACAACCUACUGUCCUCUUUCCCUGCCCCACUGCUGGAGCUGGCCGCCCUGGAGGAGCUCGACUGUUCCGGUAACCGCCACCUCGGGGCCCUGCCCGAGGGCAUCGCUGCCCUCCGCCGCCUCAAGAUCCUCUGGCUCAGCGGCACUGGGCUGGCAUCUCUGCCCGAGGGUCUCUGCCAGCUGAGUGCCCUCGAGAGCCUCAUGCUGGACGGCAACCGGCUGCAGGCGCUGCCCACUGACUUUGGCAGACUGCAACGACUCAAGAUGCUGAACCUCUCAUCCAACCUGCUGGAGGAGUUCCCCUCUGCCAUCUUGGCGCUGCCCAGUCUGGAGGAGCUCUACUUGAGCCGCAACCAGCUCACCGUGCUGCCCCCUCACCUCUGUCAGCUCCACCAGCUCCGCACUCUCUGGCUGGACAACAACCACAUCCGCUACCUGCCUGACUCCAUCGUGCUCCUCCACAGCCUAGAGGAACUGGUCCUGCAAGGCAAUCAGAUCGCCAUCCUGCCUGAGGGCUUUGGGCAGCUUACCCGUGUCACCCUGUGGAAGAUCAAAGACAACCCCCUCAUCCAGCCCCCCUAUGAAGUAUGCAUGAAAGGCAUUCCCUACAUCGCAGCUUACCAGCAGGAGCUGGCCCAUUCCCAGCCUGCCCUCAAACCCCGCCUCAAACUAGUCCUCAUGGGCCUAAAGGAUGCAGGUAAGACCCUGCUGAGACAGUGUCUCAUGGAGGAAAAUGAGCAGAGAGAGGACUUGGGAAGACUGGAGGCAAGGAACACCCAGCACAGAGGGUUUCCUGGGCAACAGCAGGACAUUGGGAGGGUGACAAUUGGAUGUUGCCCCUUUCCGGAGCCUCAAGACAAUUCCUCAACUCAGGUACCUGUCAUGCAGCAGGUGGCUGAACGGCAGGAUAUCCCUUUUCAUGUGCCCUCUCACCAAGCAAAAGGGGAUACAACAUCCCCUGCACCACCACUGCCACCCAAUGCCCCCGGAGUACUACUAGGACUAUCAGGAGGCAGUAAGGGCAUCGAGGUGUUGGACUGGACAGCAGAUGCAGAGAGGGGCCUGACAUUCAUUGUGUAUGAGCUGGCGGGGGACCCGAGCUGUGAUGUGAUCCAGUCUUUCUUCCUCUCCCCUGGAGCCUUGUACGUGCUGGUGGUGAAUUUGAGUGCCUACAUCCCUCAGCAAUUCUACCCCUCUGUGGGCUAUUUCUUACACUGGCUCAGUUCCAAGGUGCCCCAUGCUGUAGUGUGCAUGGUGGGAACCCAUGCUGACCUCUGUGCAGAGCGGGAGUUGGAAGAGAAGUGCCUGGACAUCCAUCAGCAGAUUGCUCAGCAGGAGAAGAGAGAUGCUGAGGGACUCCAGAGCUUAGUCCAGCAGGUGGAUGAGGCUCUGGGACAGGACUUUGACCUGCGUUGCUCCAGCCCACAUGCUGCCUUUUAUGGGGUUUCAGACAAGAACUUGCGGCGAAAGAAAGCCCAAUUUCAGUAUCUUCUCAACCACCGCCCACAGAUCCUCUCUCCAGUGCUGCCUUUCAGCUGCCUGGACCACUGCCAGGUGCGUCGCCUGCGGGACAAGCUCCUCUCAGUGGCUGAGCACCGGGAUAUCUUCCCAAACCUGCACCGGGUGUUGCCUAAGUCCUGGCAAGUGCUGGAGGAGCUGCACCUCCAGCCUCAAGCUCAGCAGUUGUGGCUUAGCUGGUGGGAUUCUGCCCGGCUGGGUUUGCAGGCAGGCCUGACAGAGGAUCGGCUCCAGAGUGCCCUGUCCUACCUGCAUGAGAGUGGAAAGCUGCUGUACUUUGAGGAGCAUCUCACCUUGCGGGAGCAUGUGUUCCACAACCUGCCACGCCUCAUAGACAUCCUCAAUGUCUUUUGCCAGCGCGAUGCCACCGUGUUGCUCCAGAAACUGCUCAGCGACACCCAGAUUGACGAACUGAGGACCACUCAGCUCCAUCAUUACGUGGAGGGCUUCCUGCUGCAUGGCCUCCUUCCUGCCCAUGUUAUCCGUCUCCUUCUUAAGCCACACGUCCAGAGUCGUGAGGAUCUGCAGCUCAUUCUAGAGCUGCUGGAGAAGAUGGGGCUAUGUUACUGUGUCAACAAGCCCAAAUGCAAGCCCUUAAAUGGGGCGACUGCUUGGUACAAGUUUCCCUGCUAUGUGAAAAACGAGGUGCCCCAUGCGGAGGCUUGGAUCAACGGCACCAGUAUGAGUGGACAGUCCUUCGUGGUUGAGCAGCUGCAGAUUGAAUAUAGCUUUCCAUUCAUUUUCCCACCCGGCUUGUUUGCGCGCUACAGUGUCCAGAUUAACAGCCACGUGGUUCAGCGGUCAGAUGGCAAAUACCAGAUUUAUGCCUACCGGGGAAAGGUACCUGUGGUGGUCAGUUACCGGCCUGCCAGGGAAGCUCUGCAGCCAGACACUCUGUCUAUUGCUAGUCAUGCGUCCCUACCAAAUAUCUGGACAGCUUGGCAAGCUAUUACACCUUUAGUGGAAGAACUGAAUGUCCUGCUCCAGGAAUGGCCGGGCCUGUACUAUACUGUGCAUGUCCUCUGUUCAAAGUGCCUUAAAAGAGGGUCACCCAACCCACACACUUUUCCAGGAGAACUGCUGAGUCAGCCGAGACCAGAGGGAUUGACGGAAAUCAUCUGUCCCAAGAACGGCAGCGAGCGAGUUAAUGUUGCCUUGGUUUACCCCCCCACUCCUACUGCGAUCAGCCCUUGUUCUAAGUGAGACCAGAAAGCAGACUUAUCCCCUAUAAACUGUCACUGCUGGUGCCAAAGGUUUUCCACUGGGCAGAACAUGGCUGAUGUUCUGCAUUGCUCCCAUCUGUCCAGUUGUGGAGUUGAUGCUGAUGGGGAUCAAUGGGACUUUGGAUGCUGAAAGAAAUGCUGUGGGGCAGGGGCAGCUCCCAGGUGGGGGCCUCGUGGCUGGAAUGGAUGAAGUCAUCUGGAGAUUGGAGAUGACAAGGCAUGAAGGAAAAUGAUUGCUGCAGAUGGCAGGGCCGCUGGCCAGAGGGAAAACACUGGGAAUAGGUUUCUGUGGACCCACUGAUCACGUGUUGAAAACCCAUUUGGAUCUCAUGAUGAAUGUAAAAAUAUCCUUAGUAUACCAUUUAAUUCAGACCUGCUUGGAGGAAGGUCUCUUGAAAUGAGCUGUAGCGGGAUUCCCUGGAUUUGUUCCUAGACAAG